AUGACUACAAUAUAUUUAGAUAUCGUUCGUAAUAGAAUAAUUGCAUGAUUAAUUUAUGAGGUUAACGGUUAUGAUCAUUCGUUUUGUAAAGUAUGAGAUUUGUUUCAAGAAUCUGUUUCCAUUUGGCGGUUAGGAGUGUUAUCAGUGUGUUGUUAUUGUACUCUUAUAUGUCAAUAUCUUGGAAAUAUGUCCUUAUCUCUGUGUUAAUUACAUGUGUCUUCGAUAUGUAUAUCAAGAAAUAAAUUAAUACAUACCACCAUUCUUUCGUACUUUUUACUGCUUAUGUAAAUGUUGACCUAAAAAAAGUAAGGUUCUCUGUUAUACAGGUUUUUUAAUUACCAAGAAAUGAAAGUUUUGUAGGAGUGGUUGCGUUUAUAGUGAAAACAGGAGAUAAUACUCUUCCUUGACAUAUAAAUAUCCCAAUAGUUUAUUAGGUUAUAAUUUAUUUAUCUUGUGAAAUUAAAGAAUCUUUAUAAUGCUUAAAGAUAUUCUACCAUUUUGGACAACAUAUGGACAGUAUGUUGUAAUUGGAAUUUUGCCAUAUUUGGUAUAUUGUUUCUUCCUUAAGAAGUUUACAAAUAUUGCAGCAAAUAGAAAGAAUUCAAAUACCGAGAAUGCACAGGAAGAAGAUGAAAAUCAUGAGAAUGUAUUGGAUGAAGAUACAGAUGAACCAGUACUUCCAAAAGAUUUAAAAAGCAUACCAUUUAAAUAUGUGAGACCAUCGGAGGGAGAAAUGGUACAGAGGUCUAUUGAAUUCUACAAUAUUGCUUCAGCAAGACGAACGCUUCGAUUCUUCAGUUCGGAUCCUGUCCCACCAGAAGUUAUACAUAACAUUAUAAGAACUGCUGGUAUGAUAUUGGAAACAAGAACUUCACCUAGUGGCGCACAUACUGAGCCUUGGACAUUUGUAGUUGUAAGCAAUACAUGUACGAAGGAACGUAUAAGAGAAAUAGUAGAGUUGGAAGAAGAAAUAAAUUACAAAAAGAGGAUGAGUAAAAAAUGGGUGACAGAUUUAAAACCUUUAAAGACUAAUUGGGUCAAAGAAUAUUUAACCACAGCACCUUACUUAAUUUUUGUUUUUAAACAAACAUAUGGAGUUUUGCCAGAUGGCAAGAAAAAGCACCAUUACUAUCAUGAAUUAAGCGUUUCUAUCGCUUGUGGAAUACUUAUUACUGCAAUUCAAUAUGCUGGAUUAGUAACACUGACAUCUACGCCAUUGAAUUGUGGACCAGCAUUGCGUACCUUACUUGGCCGUCCGUCUUCUGAAAAACUCACACUGUUGUUACCCGUUGGAUACCCUGCUAAUGACGCUACUGUUCCUGCACUACGACGAAAACCUCUUGACGACAUCUUAAUUGAAGUCAAUUAAUUAUAUUAUUAGAAUGUAAGUUUCAUACAAGCCAAGUUAUGGUCAAAACUAUCCACUAAAAUAAAAAAAAAGAAAAAUAAGAACUUGAACAUUAGUAGUAUCUUUUCAGAAAGAAUUUUUGUUUUACAACUAGAUUUUAAGUUUAAAACGAAGUGAAUAUUAGUAUUUUUAAGUGUACUACUUAAUUAUGUAAUGUUAUGUACACAUAAUUACAGGAAUAAUUUUUAAAUACAAUGAGAACCAACGCAUCGGUUUAUUUUUAUUGUUUAGAACGGUAAUUUC